CAGCCUGCGGCUCCUCGGGAAUCUGCCGCCCAAACCGGAUGCGCCCGGAGCCCAGCUUUCUCCCGGGGGCUGGACCUCCGGCUUUAUAAGCACGGGCUCCACGGACAAGCCCAGCCUCUCAGAGGAACCUCGCUCGCUCUCUCUUGCUCUCGGGUGCGACCCUGCGUCUCUCGCCCUCCCUGGGAGGAAGCAAGAUGCAUUUCAGAAACUUUAACUACAGUUUUAGCUCCUUGGUUGCCUGUGUGGCAAACGGUGACAUCUUCAGCGACAGUGACACGAGGGCCAAGUUCGAGUCCCUCUUUAGGACCUACGACGAGGACAUCACCUUCCAGUACUUCAAGAGCUUCAGGCGCGUCCGGAUCAACUUCAGCAGCCACUUGUCUGCAGCCGACGCCCGGCUGCGCCUGCACAAGACCCAGUUCCUCGGGAAGGAGAUGAAACUGUACUUCGCGCAGACGCUGCACAUCGGAAGCUCCCACCUGGCCCCCCCAAACCCGGACAAGCAGUUUCUGAUCUCUCCUCCCGCCUCGCCGCCUGUCGGCUGGAAGCAAGUGGAAGACGCCACCCCCGUCAUAAAUUACGAUCUCUUAUACGCCAUCUCCAAGCUAGGGCCAGGGGAAAAGUACGAGCUGCACGCGGCGACCGCCACCACGCCCAGCGUCGUGGUGCACGUGUGCGAGAGCGAGCAGGAGGACGAGGAGGAGGAGAUGGAAAGGAUGAAGAGGCCCAAACCCAAGAUCAUCCAGACCAGGCGGCCGGAGUACACGCCCCUCCACCUCAGCUGAGCGGCGCUGUGCGAUCCCGGUCACACCGGAGGAAUCUGUUACUGUGAGGCGGCCCUCGGCCUGGGAGCGGCGGCCGGGCCGCAGUGCGGACAGUCCCGCUCUCGUUGUCAGCGGAGGACCGGGCUUGGUCUCCUGGCCCCGACCGCAUCGCUGCGCGUGGCCCCGGAUGUCCGCCAGUCACGCAGCUGGGUCAUCGCACACGGACCUCAGGGGGCGUCUCACGCAAACCCGGCAGCGGUCCAUUUCGUCCCUUUCCCAGUGGUUCUGGUUCUGCCAAGGGCAGGCUGAUCCCCAGCAGCCUUCGGGGUAGAGCCUCUCCGGGGAGAGUGCCCGCGACCACGAAGCGUCUGAGGCGGGAGCUGAGGGGACGCAGUGCAGUGUGGACGCGUGGCGCCCCCUCCUCCCUCCCGCCCGACGGUCCUGCAUGUCUGUUACCGGCCCCAGAACUAACCUGUCCGUGCAGCUCCCCCUUGUUCUGCAUGUCUGGAGAUCAGAGCGUGGGAACUGCCACCUUUCCGGCUCGCGGCUCCUACCUGAUCCGUGGCUCGGCGUCCUGCCGGCACAGCCUGUCGCCGUGCUCAGACAGUCCAUCUGAGGGUCGAGGUGGGGUCCCCUCCCCACGUCAGAGAACAGCAGCUCCCCGCCGGCCUCCGGUGGGUUUGGCGUCUCGGCGCAGGCGUCUGGGGUUGGCGUCGGUCUGUCUGUCUCUUUCACACGGUGUUUAUGAUUCCUGGGAGUGGCUGGGUGAGGUAGCUGGGUUUUGCCCCACGGAACAUCGAGGUGAACUUGUAAAUAAAGCCGGUGGCAUCUGCUCACACCUGCCGUGCACCUGGUGGAGACACGUGGCAGAGGGAGCCCAGCUGGCGGCGGUGCCCCCCGGGGCGUGUGCGGUAGAACUCGGAGGUGGCUGGGCAGUGGGCGCCGGCGACGUGAGCGGGACACAGUGCCUUCCCCCUCGUUCACGCGGCUCACUCUGACUCUCCUCGUAGUUGUAUGUCUGGUAAGCGGGUGUUCUGUUCUGGCCUUAAAGCACCAUGACGAUGUCUGUCAUUUUAAACUCCCGCUGCGAGGAACAGCGCGGCUCUGGGGCUGGGGCUGGUUCUCUUUAAGGAAGCGAGCACGUUUGGUGGUUCAUGUAAGAAACUGACUGAAUAUUCUCAAAGCCCUGUUUACAGUGCUUGGCGGGGGGCUGGGCCUUCGGGGGUUCCCAGCGGAGUACUUACCUGGCGGCUAGCCUCGGAGUGUCUGAUUGACUGCUUUCCACAAUAAACCGCACAGCGUGCUCUCAUGGACGUGA